UGGAACGUCAAAAGUGGGAAGCAAAUUGUAAACAUCAGGAAAGCCGAAGCAAGCGCUUCCUCAUAUCAUUCCAAAAAUCAUUAAAUUUCGUGUGAAUUAUGAGUGCAACACGGUUUCUGCAACUACAAAAAUUGGCCAGGCCUGUCCUGGCACACAGGAACAAGUUGGCCAAUGUUUCGACUCAAGCUUACCGUCUCCUGAACGUUCGCGCUCAAGCUUUGAGUGCGGCUCGCUGUUUUAGUUCCGCGGCGGCCGAAGAGAAAACCGGGUUCCACUCGAUCAUCCGAGAUUCGGAAAAGCCGGUCGGAGCUAGUGAUAAGCAUGAAUUCCAGGCUGAAACUCGAAUGUUGUUGGACAUCGUCGCUCGAUCGCUCUAUUCCGAUAAGGAAGUGUUUGUUCGAGAACUUAUCUCCAAUGCCAGUGAUGCUUUGGAAAAGUUUAGGUACACAAUCCAUACUGCUGGAGAGGGGGAGAAGAACUUUGUUGAUGCGGAUCGUUCCUUGGAGAUUCACAUCGGAACGAAUAAGCAGGAUCGUUUGCUUACUAUUCAGGAUACCGGUAUCGGAAUGACAAAGGAAGAGUUAAUCGCUAACUUGGGAACCAUUGCUCGGUCUGGAUCUAAACACUUCAUGGAACAAAUCAAGGAUAAAGGUGCUAGCGCCGAAAAUGCCCAGAAUAUUAUCGGUCAAUUUGGUGUCGGUUUCUACUCGGCUUUCAUGGUGGCGGAUCGCGUGGACGUAUACACCAAAUCCUCCCAACAGGAUUCCAUCGGCUACAAAUGGUCCUCGGAUGGCUCCGGAAACUUUGAAAUUCAGGAAGCGGAAAACGUUCGCGUAGGAACCAAGAUCGUCAUUCAUCUGAAGACCGAUUGCCGUGAAUUCGCCGACGAGGAUCGCAUUCGGGAGGUAAUACGAAAGUACAGCAACUUUGUGGGAAGCCCCAUCUAUCUGAACGGUAAACAAGCUAACCAGAUUCAACCGAUUUGGCUGAUGGAACCGAAAGAAGUGAAUCAGGAUCAGCAUAACGAGUUUUAUCGUUUCGUCGGAAACACCUUUGAUAUUCCUCGAUUUACGUUACACUACAAGACAGAUGUUCCGCUGAGCAUUAGGGCUUUGCUGUACUUCCCCGAGGGCAAACCUGGUCUGUUUGAAAUGUCACGCGACGCCGACAUCGGAGUAGCCCUCUACACCAGAAAGGUGUUGAUCCAAUCUAAGACAGAGAACCUUCUACCAAAAUGGCUACGUUUCGUGAAGGGCGUUGUCGAUUCCGAAGAUAUUCCACUUAAUCUUAGUCGUGAAUUGCUACAGAACAGUGCACUGAUUCGUAAACUAAGAACUGUUCUCACCAAUCGAGUUCUUCGAUUCCUGCACGAUCGUUCCGUGAAGGAACCAGAAAAUUAUGAUAAAUUCUACAAGGACUACGGUCUAUUCCUGAAAGAAGGAAUUGUUACCAGCCAAGAACCGCAGGAAAAGGAAGAAAUUGCUAAAUUACUUCGAUUUGAAACUAGCAAACAAGCUGACAAGACGGUUAGUCUCCCGGAAUAUUGCAAUCAACAGCAAGAAGGUCAGACUGAUAUUUACUACCUAGCCGCUCCAAACCGAACGCUUGCCGAAGCAUCGCCCUAUUACGAAUCCCUCAAAAAGAAGGGUCUUGAAGUGUUGUUCUGCUACGAGGCUUACGAUGAACUUGUACUGAUGCAAUUAGGAACAUUCUUAGGCAAAAAUUUAGUUUCCGUAGAAAAAGAAAUGCGUCGCUCGGAUAAAACUGACCAAUCAGAAGAUCAAAUGAUUGAAGGAUCCCUACUGAAGCAACAAACCGACGAUUUAGUUUCAUGGAUUAAACAAAAACUAACCGGCAAAGUAGCAAACGUGAAGACAACCACCAAACUCGAUUCUCACCCCUGUGUGGUAACGGUUGAGGAAAUGGCCGCCGCUCGACACUUCAUCAAAACCCAGAGCCAUAACAUGAGCGAAGAAAACCGAUACGCGCUGCUCCAACCGCAGCUGGAGAUCAACCCGAAGCACCCAAUCAUCAAGAAGUUGCACAAGCUGAGCAGUUCCGAUCCGGAGCUGGCUGAUCUGUUGGCCAAACAACUGUUCUCGAAUGCUAUGGUCGGUGCUGGGUUGGUUGAAGACCCGCGGAUGCUGUUGACCAGCAUGAAUGAGCUACUGGAGAAGGUUCUGGAUAAGCAUUAGACUGGCGGAAGUCUGUGCGAUUUAAUUAGGGUACUCCACCUCCGCCACCACCUCCGCCAACCGCCUCCAACCACAGCCUCCACCCACCGCUACCACCAACUGCCAUCACCACCGCCCAACUGCUCAUUUCAUCGCCAACACCACCAGCCACCGCCAAAAACCCACGAUUAGAAAUCGCUGCAGAAUCAACUAUUCAAACUAACGAUAUCAAACACAAAUGAAGUGAAAAAAAAAUAGAAAAAAAACUGUUGAAAAUUGUAAAGUGAAAAUUAUAACAUACAG